AUGGAGCAUGUCAGCGGAAAGUACACAAUCAUCAUCAAUUCGGCGUUCAUUCUACCCGACGUCAUAUAUGCUAAAUCAAAGGGUCUACCUGUACACCUGCGAACUACUAAAUUACCUAAUGCACCCAAUACGCUGGCAUGCAGUGCAGAUGGAUCGAUGUUGGCAGUAAAUUAUACUCUACAAGGUUAUGGGGUUUUGGAUAUAUUUCAUGUUCCGUCAUUUGCUGCUUCUGAUAUUAAAACUUUGUACAGCAUACGUUUACCCGAUCAGAAUGUAUACGCUUUGCAUUUGCUAUGGAACCCAGUGCUCCCGUCAGUGGUUGGCGUAGUCCUUAGUAAUGGUAAUUUCGCUCUUUACACACUUAAAGAUGGUGGCGCAAUUGAGAUGCGAUCAAUUACAAAUCAACAAAUACAAUGCGGUUGCUGGUCGCCGAAGGGAAAGCAAAUCGUUCUCGGUCAUCCCAAUGGAAAGUUGCAACAGUUCAAACCCGACCUCACACCAGUAAAAAGUAUAGUGUGCCCACCAGGUGUACAUCCUGGUCCUUUCGAUACCAUUGCAUUGCACUGGUUAUCCACCUUUCAGUUUGUUGUAAGUUUCUUACAACAAGGGGAGGAAGCAAUGCCGAAUAUGUACAUUGUGAAUGCGCCGAAAGGUGGAACGCCUGUCUAUAUAAAUUACAAUGAUGUGUGCUAUAGUGGGUCUGAACCAAGGAGACAACAAGUUAAUUUCUUGCAUAUUGCGCAGUGGAAUUUGUUAUUGGUAACUUCCGCAAAUGGAGUUGAAAUAGGGCUCUUGGGCACCAAAGAAAACACAGAGCAGCCACAAUGGGUGCAUUAUAUGCUACUAGAUGAAGCACGCAUUGAAAUGCCACUUACUGAGGACAGCGAUGAGACAUAUCCCAUUGGGUUAACAUUGGAUACAUCCCCGAAUCAUCAGUUAACAGUGGGAGAGCAAAAAUUACAAACCAUGCCCGUUAUCCACGUGCUUACAACACACGGUCAUCUGUUGUGUUUUAACUUUUUGAAUUUGACAGCUAACGCUACUAAUAUUUGUUCGCCACCGGCACCAAUUAAUUAUGCAAUGGCAAAAUUUAGUACUUUAGAUGAAAGUUUAAUGAGGGUUAAGGUUUCUAAGAAAGUAGAAAAUGAACGUCAAGAUUUAGAAUUACCAUCAAUUGAUCCACCACCACCUACUCCAACACAAGCGUUUAGCGUUUCAACGCAAAACAAUUUCAGCAAUCAAAAUACAUUUGCUUUUGGCGCGCCAGGAAACCAGAAUUUAUUUUCGGGUGGUUGGGACCAAAAGAGUCAAGGUGUUAAAAUCGGAGUGGCCACUACUAAUAAUGAAUCGCAAUCUAAUUUGUUAAACAAACCAUUGGUGCAAACUGCACCCAUUGCUAACAAUGCGCAAAUAAAAACUACACAACCAGCAGAAAUUUUCAAGCCUCUAUAUACUGUCUCGCCAGAGUUUGCGCCACCACCAAUUCAAGCACAGCAGCUGUCUCAACAGAAUUCAGUUCAAAUCGACACAGCUGGAAAAUCAAAAGCACAAAUGUUGAAUUUAAACGAAACGAAUAGUGUAAUACAACAAAUGAUAGUAAUGCAAAUGAUGGCUUUUGAAAAAGAAAUAACGCAACUUGGUCAAAAGUCAAAACUCGCACUAAAUGAAGAUCCAAGUGUUAUGAAGAGUUAUAGUAAACGUCUAAUAAAUCUACAAGAAAUCAUUGAACAAGCAAAUGAACGUGACUUUGUGAUGGAUGUUCAAGAUCUUCGACAUUCACUAACGGAAUCAUAUGAAAUGCUAAACGAGUGUCGUACUAAAUUGGAAAUGUAUAAAAAUCCAGAUGAAGCUGGUUUUAAAUAUUUAUCAUUAUAUGACUGCGUAAGUCAACGUCAAUUGAAGAGUCUACAAGGCUAUCUUGCCAUUAAUCAAGGUAUAAUGAAACGCCUUGAAGAACAAAUGGACAUACAGUGGACUUAUUAUCAGGACUUGGUGCGACGCAAUUCCAAGUCUCAAAUGCGCAUACCAUGCCUAGAUGGCAUCUAUCAACAAAUGACUAAAUUGAAAAACUUAAUAACACAGCAGCAGACGAAAUUGCAUUAUAUAAAAUCGACUAUCAAGCAAAAAAACUUGGGCAGUGGCAGGGUGAGCAAAAGUACAUUGAAUACGCUGGAGAUGAAAUCAGAUGCCGGUAUCGCGUCCUUAGCAGAUUCUAUACUUUCGAUGAGUAUGCACAAUAUCACAGAUGUAAAGACUAAUAAAUUAUCCGAGAGCAAAUUAAACGCUCUACGUAAUUUUACAAAUCAACAAGUAAAGACAACAAUAAUCAAACCUCAACGCCCAAAUCGUGUUCAACUAACAUCUGAGGUUAUUUUGGAAACGAAACAGCUAAUUAAGAGAAAAGAGUCCAAAGAGAAGGAAGCCAAAGUUAUUAAAGCAAUUGAAAAAGCGAGUGAGGCCCAGGAAAAAGAGAAGGCUGUAACUACAUUUAAAUCGACACAACCCAAGCAACCACAUGAGCCACAGUUCCAGCUUACGAAAACACCUUCAACAAUCGGACUUUUUGGCAAUUCACAGACUUCUGCAGCAACAUUUACACAAGCAAAAGAUGCUAAUUCAACGCAGUCUGUGCAAAAAAACAAUGCGCCAUUUUCGACGCUUAAUUUUACCAGCAGCAAUAUGUUUUCAAAAACUGAGUCAGCCAAGGGUGAAAAGAUGCCUGAACUAUCGAAAUUCAUCGGGAAUGUCAACACUUUCAAAUCCGAUGCUGUUGAGAGCAAGACUAACGAAUCUAGCAUGAGUGAAAAAUCCACUCCUGCAGGACCUAACUUUUCGUUCAUAUCAAAAAGCGAUGCAGUUGAUGCCAACAAACCGCCGAUGAGCACAUUUAACAUUGGAUCAAAAGGAUUUACCGGGUUCGGACAAGAGUCGACCGCGAAUACCAAUGCAAAUACAACAUUUAUCAAUCCAAGUAAAACGGUUGAUUCAAAUACCGCCAACCAAAUGAACAGCACAUCGAAAUCGUUUAGUUUUGGCAACACUUUUAGUGCUCUAACCGAUUUAAAAAUUGGAGCAACGCAAACCCAAUCGAAUGUGCCACCCGCUACGAGUUUACCCGCUGCAACCGCAAAUAUAUUUGGCACAACAACUGUUCAAUCUACCCUUUUCAAUAAACAGAAUGAGAAUCAAUCCUUUGCUAGUUCAGUACAUACGUUUUCAGGUGCAACAAGUACUCCCAGUUUAGGAAAAAGUGAAGCUAUGCCAACGAAAAGUACGUCUGAAGCUGCUGUUCCAGCAAAGGAUGUCACUAAAUCGGGACAGGUUGCUACAGCGAGCGAUAAUGAGGAAAUGAUUUUGAAACCUUUAAAUAUCUGCAAGCCCACUGCAAAGGAAGCGGUGAAGCCAAAAGAGGGCACUGUGUUUUCCUUUAGCUCAAAUAGUGAGAAUAAUCCCCAAGGCGCUUUUCAACCUAUGCCCGACUCCACAACGUCGUUGUCACUGCCUAAAGUUACUGAUACAACAUCAUCGACAACUGUAACGUCUACGCCAUCAAUAUUUGGCAAAAGCGUAGCAACAACAGAAACGUCAUUAUUCCCACCAUUCAACGCCAACAGCACAAAUGUCUCUACUUUUGGUGUUGGUGGUGUUACUGGCAUUGGCUUCGGCACAGCACCUAAUGUAUCUGCGCCAGUGGCGAGCUCUAUUAGCGGUACAGGCGCUUCCGCGUUCUCCUUUAGCAACUCAACCGUGUUCAAGCAAUUGCACACAUUUGAAAAACCUACAACUACAAGCACUCCGACUUCUUCUACCGGCUUAAGCACUACACCUGCAAUAGCAAAUGCGCCAACAGUUCCUGCCACAACAACAAUAGUUACUGCUUUUACGACCACAACAGCUGCAGCAACUGUCCCAUCAGUUGCUACCACUUCAGCACCGAUACCUGCCACUACUUCAUCAGCCGCAGCAACCACAAUUGCCACACCCACACCUGUUUCUUCAGCAGCAAUAGGCGCAGCUACGGGUGCAUUCUUUUCUGCGAUUGCCGCUACAAAAGCAACGGGCGAUUCUUUAUUUGGCUCUUUAGGACAAUCAACGCCUGCUGCAAGUUCCGUAAGCACUGCAUCUAAAAUUGAAAAUGUCACUCAACCAGCAGGCAAUGCAUCGGCGUUCGGAGGUUUGCCUUUGGGUGGUCAAGCGCCAGCAAGUGGUGGUAGUAUUUUUGGUAACGCUGGAAGCGGUUUUGGUGCUACCACGGCUGGCAUAUUUGGCGCUACAGCUGCUGCUACCAUGCCUACCAACCCCUCUAGUGCAAAUACUUCCUCGGGUUCAAUAUUUGGCAACAGCGCCGUUAAUAGUGGUGAUAACACAUCCGCAUCGAUUUUCGGUAACAUCCCUGCCAAGCCAGCUGAAGCUAGUGCGGGAUCGAUAUUUGGCAAUGCAGCUGCUAAGAGUGCAGAAAAUACUGGAGGAUCUAUAUUUGGUAGUGGCGCUGCAAAGAGUCCGGAGAAUGUCAACGUUUUUGGUUCACCAACAUCAGUUGGCACGGCCGCAAGCAGUGGCUCGAUAUUCGGGCAAAACUCUUUGGGUCAAUCGAGCGGUAGCAUCUUUGCUGCGGCAGCCAGCAAACCGGAAUCUACAUCCACCGCUUCAGGAUUUAGUUUUGUUGGCUCGGCUUUCGGUAGUGCUGCUAAAAGUACCGCCGCAACGGGAGGGUCUAUUUUCGGUGGUGCUGCAGCUGUAGCACCCGACUCGCAACAAUCAAACAUUUUUGGCUCACCAACAAGUGGUUUUGGUGCAGUAGCCACAUCACCGUUUAGUUCAUUCUCACAGGGCGGGUCAUCAGUGUCAAGCACUGGUUUUGGUUCACCCACACAGCAGCCGCAAGGAGGUGCCUUUCCGCGUAAUGUAUUCGGUGCCGCGCCCUCCUUUGGCAGCCCGCCUGCGUUCGGCGCUCAGCCUAGCUUUGGGGGUGCGCCUACUUUUGGCAGCCCCAAAGGAUUCGGAACAUUUGCCACACCACCUUCUAGCUCAUUUGGUGCGCCAACAGCACAGAGUAGCAAUAUAUUUGAAGCUUUGGGCUCCACAGACACAGGCUUAUCUUUUGGCAACUUGGCACAAACUACAAAUCCUCCACCAAAUGCCCCUAAACCUAUGUUCGGCGGCUCUUCCUUCAUGAACUAUCGAGCAUAAGCGUGGUGAUGGUAAAACAUAACGUAUUCAACGGUCAAAAUAAUGCUGAGAGUGCUGGCGGUAUUGUCAAAGAUUACAUUGAAAAUACAUACUUGACAGUAGAAAAUAUUUAAAUCAUUGAAAUUCUGCUAUUGAAAAUACACGUAUUACGGGAAUGCAAAAAAAAA